AUGGCAGCGGCUGACAUCUUGAACGAGUACACGGCUAUCCCCAUUGUGACCCGAAUGUACACUACUGCCUGUGUAGGGACCACAAUAGCAGUUCAACUUGAUGUCAUAAGUCCCUUCCAGUUAUACUUCAACCCAGAGCUCAUCAUCUACCGAUACCAGAUCUGGCGUCUGUUCACAAAUUUCCUCUUCUUUGGCACCCUGGGUUUUACCUUCCUCUUCAACAUCAUCUUCAUCUACCGCUACUGUCGCAUGCUAGAGGAGAACAGCUUCAGAGGCAGGACAGGCGACUUUGUCUUCAUGUUUGUUUUCGGAGCCACAUCUAUGAUGAUCCUGGGCUAUUUUUUCAAUCUGUUGUUCUUUGGGACUGCCUUCACCAUCAUGCUUGUGUACAUCUGGUCUCGAAGGAAUCCCUACGUGCGAAUGAGUUUCUUCGGAAUCCUCAAUUUUCAGGCUCCCUACUUGCCCUGGGUGCUAUUAGGAUUCUCUCUUCUCAUGGGAAACUCAAUACAAGUCGAUCUCAUAGGAAUAGCAGUGGGACAUGUGUAUUUCUUCCUCGAAGACGUCUUUCCCCACCAGCCGGGAGGAUUCAGAAUCCUGAAAACGCCUCGAAUUUUCACGCUUCUAUUCGACCCCAUUCCAGAACAUGACCACUACGACCCUCCCCCAGAAGAGAGGCCAGGGGGGUACAAUUGGGGAGAGACCUGA